AUGGUCUUACGACAAGCUGUCCGGUAUGCCAGAUGCUCAGCUCGAGCUACUAGGCUUGCAGCUCCGACGCUAGUCCCUCAUCUUCGCGUACUGCCUAAGCAGAGUCAGCUUCAGAGUAAUCUGCCGUGUCUCAGACGGCAGUACGCAACACCUCCCCCGCAGCUUAAUCACAGUGAUAUCUCUAUCGAGAAGUACCAUGAGUACUCAGACACGGCUAUGGAGAAUCUCUUGGAGUCUCUGGAGGAAUUACUUGAUACAAAUAAUAACGCAGAGUACGAGGUGGAGUACAGUAGUGGCGUCUUGACACUCAAGCUCGGUGACAAAGGGACGUAUGUUAUCAACAAGCAGCCGCCUAACAAACAGAUCUGGCUGUCAUCACCACUGAGUGGUCCAAAGCGUUACGACUACUCAGAAGCAACAGAUGAAUGGAUAUAUUCACGAGACGGCCAGUCAUUGGGCGACCUCUUAGACGCAGAGCUCAGCAAGGCCUUCGAACGCCGUGUCAGGCUAGAUCUGACAUCUGAGGUACAUACCCCAAAACUCGCAUGA